UGAGGCAGGACUGAGGAGGGCCGUUUUGAGUUUCUGGCCAGAGAAUUGUUUAUUCUGACAGUUGAAGGUCUUCCACACAUCACAACUGCACCAAGUUAUUCAAUUUUGUUUUCUUAUAUAGACUCUUUGUACAGUGUUUCGGUUAGAAAAUGUAUCAUCAAUGCAUGAAAGUCCCAUAUUACUAGAUCUAGAUCUAAUCUAGAUCUAGUACUGGAAUUUCCAAAAAGAGACCCUCGCCAAUACCUACCAAAUAAUAUAGAUCUAGAUCUAGUGUCCGAAUUCUGAAGGCGAGGCUUCACCAAACUUCACUUGGGAUGGAGCACCUGCGGAGAGGCAUAUCUAUGUCCAUGCAUAGAUAUUUUUGUUGCAAACACGUAAAGAGGGUUAUAAUUGGAACCAAUCAACUACGGUGCUUUGGCUGGCGUCGACUAUGCACUUCCUCAAGAAACCACAGUGCAGUCAUUGUGGACGGCUUGUCUAUUGCCCAAGAAAUAAAAAAUGAAAUAAAGACUGAAGUUAAAUCCUUACUUGGAAGCGGCAAAAGAGCUCCCCAUUUAACCGUGUUACUUGUUGGAAAUGAUCCUGCCAGUGUGGUGUAUGUAAAGAACAAAAGAAAAGCUGCAGAAUACACUGGGAUUACAUGUGAUAUUCUAAGACUGCCAUCAACAGCUGAAGAGAAGGAUGUUGUGAAGCAGAUAAGUUUCCUGAACGAAAACUCUGAUGUUGAUGGCAUCCUUGUACAGCUACCACUUCCUGAGCACAUUAGUGAAAGAAACAUUUGUGAUGCUGUCCUUCCGCAGAAGGAUGUUGAUGGUUUCAACGUUCUUAACGUGGGCCGGUUCUGUGUAGAUGAUACAGCAUUUAUACCUGCAACGCCAUCUGGUGUACUGGAAAUAAUCAAAAGACUCAACAUUACGACGUUUGGUAAAAAUGCUGUUGUAUGUGGGAGAUCCAAAAAUGUUGGCUUGCCUAUUGCAAUUCACCUCAAUUCUGAUGGGAAAGGUGCUUCUUGUGAAGGUGACACCACCACCACCGUAUGCCAUCGCAACACUCCACCAGAAAAGCUCAAGUUUUUCACGCAGCAGGCAGACAUCUUAGUCACGGCAACUGGUGUGCCGGGUCUUAUUACUGCUGAUAUGGUCAAGGACGGAGUUGUUGUGAUUGACAUUGGCAUCACUCGCAUUACGGACGACAAGGGCAAAGCCAAACUUGUUGGCGAUGUUGAUUUUCAAGGUGUCUCACAGAAAGCCAGUUACAUCACUCCAGUUCCAGGGGGUGUCGGCCCUGUCACAGUUGCCAUGGUGAUCAAAAAUACGUUGACAGCAUACAAGAAAGAGAUUAACUUUGACAGACAUUCUUGACAAACAGAAAUGUUGUAGUAUUGCUUUGUGUGUUAUUAGUACCAGCUAGGUAUCAACUUUGAAGGUAACAUUUCCAUAAAAGUCUGUACAAAAGUCUUCAAAUUUUAAUAUUCCUUAGAAUGAAAGCUCUUUGAAACUUGGAGAAAAGCAAUAUUGAAAUUUAAAAAGUAGUAGAACAAAUAGUAUCUAACCAUUCGCAAGCCCAUGGUACACACUUAUGCACAUGCUCACACAAUUAUUCACCAGCACAUGAAAACACUCCUAUAUACUCACUGUAUGCUGUCGCUUGCAUCCUUUUAUCUCAGAUUUAUACAUUUAUACAGUAGUCUCUACCUUAUGGCACAAUCAUUGGGAGGGCUCCGAAUCAUGCCUUAACUGGAAGCGUUUGUUAAUGUGAAACUGUGCAAAGGGUAAAGGGAUGCAACCAUUUUAUUUCCUUAAAAUUUUAGUGCCAUAAUAUUUGUGCGUGAUGUGCAUCAUAGGCCUAACUAAACAAUACAGUCACACAAACACCAAAUAAGAACUUUCUCUCAAAGACAUUUCAAGUGACCAAUCAAAAGACAUAUCAAUCUCCCCAUUAUCGUAUUGCUUGCAGAAUUCUAUGUGUUCAUAGGGUGUGAACACUUUCUUUAUCACUUUAAUUGUGCUAUGUUAGGAGCAGCCCUGCCAAAUAUCUGGUUGUCUAGACUUUUCUUUUGUUAUCAUGAUGCAUCCUGUCUGGGUUGUUGCAAAAAUUUCCCUUUGUUAAAUGUAACCUGUCAGUGUGUUUUGCAGAUCGAAGUGCGAGUUUAGAGGAUGUUACUGUGCAUUUGUACUUGUAAAUUAUAUUAGUACAGAACUCGUCUUAUGACAAAUGUGGGCAUUUGAGCAGAGCGCGCCUUUGUGUGGCGUGCAUUAAAGUGGAGACUACUGUAUGUUCACCAAGAGAUUUUGUUAGUAGACUAUGAUAGAUUUCAGUACAUAUUUUUGAAAUUGUUGAAGUUAAAUAUUCAAUGAAGUAUUAGUUUUAUUGUGGGUUUAUUUUUGGUUUUGUAAAGAAGAGGACAAAUUUCCAACAGUUUUUGCAAUAUAUUGGAAGCGCUUCUGCUCUUCACUUAUUGUUUGUGAUACUAUAUUGCUGAUGUAACACUUUCUUUACCCUGUUGUGUCUUCUCUAUAAAAAAAAAAGAAACUUACAGUUACUGAACAGAUGCCAAUUGAUUGCUUUAAAGUGUUUAAGUCAUCUUAUAAUUCAUUGCUUGGUCCAUACUUUCUGCUAUAAUUUCCCUGAUUGGACUAAGAAAACAAGUGGAGCUGCUGUCGUCUGUUUUGACUAUAGACAGUUUCAUUUAAUUUUUGGUAUGUAGAUAAUAUUAGGUCUGUUUUGCAAAUGCCGUCCGCUGUCCAUCUGAUUUAAUACAAAAUUUGUUUAGCAUGAACACUUGGCUUGUAUAAACAAACUUUUGUCAGAUCUGAAAUUACUUUUGCUGUGAAACUCGAUUAUAACGAAGUCCUCGGGUUCAACCUCAAAGUUUGCUGAAACCGAGUGUUCUUUAUAAAAAAAAGGUAAAGCUAAUGUGAGCAUCUUUAUAAUCGAUAAUGGUAGGUAUAUCUGUUCUGAACACGUCGUGUUGUGAAUAUAAGGGGACAGAACCAAUGGUGUUCAUGUUCCAAAAUGAUGGCUUAUGUGGGCAGUUGCUUCCUUUGACAAAGCCCAUGAACAAUGGGGGUCAGGUCUUUUUUGUUCACAUUUUGAUUUUUCUUGUAUAAGUACAGGUGUAUAUUGUCUCUUCAAAUCAAAUCAUGUCUUACUAUGUCCAUGGCUGCUCUUAUUAAGUCUUAUCAUAGCCGUUGCAACUUUUCCUUCCCCCCCAAAAAAUUGUCAAAGAGCUGGACGCACUGCCAUAUUCACAACAACCCCUUGCCUCCCUUCCAAUCAAAUCCCUUCAGUAUAUCCUCAUUUACUCAUAGUUAGCAGGCUCCCAUAAAAACCCUAUAUCAUGAAUCUCAGUUCAUGUGUAUUCUGUUUUCCAACAUAUGACUUCAUUACAAUUGGUUGUACUAUUCACCAAUACAGUGUUGGGCAUUCUCAUAAGUGUCUUUAGUUCAUAAUAAUUUUAAUCACAAAAGUAACCCAUUUUAAAGUUUCAUUGUACUGUGAUCUGCACUUAACAAAUAACCAAAUUGGAGGCCCAGUUGUGUUCUUCCUUCUGCAGUGCUUAAAAAGUUGUUGGCUGUGGCCACUAAAGUUCCCUUGUGCCACAACAUUAUGUUGGUUGUAAAUGCUCCCUGUUUACCUUUUACAUGACGAUUCCUCAGUUUUUAAUGAAUAUUUAUUAUAAUAAUGAGGCUAUGCUGUUUCAAAAGUAUCAGAUCUUUUUAACGUUGUUAAAAAUGUAAUUUGUGUUUUCUGUCAAUAUCACUUACUGUUUUUAUGAUUUAAGGGCAUUCAUAUCUGUAGUAAACUACAGCAGCGGAAGUAAUGUUGGUGCAUGUACAUGUACAUAUAUUUUAGUGUUUAAAAGAAGUUUUGAUGGUCUUGUUUACGAAGUUUUCAGAGAUAUUACUGUAUUGUGGAAUAAGGCUGCAUAGUUUAGCCUCUGAAGUACUAACAUGUAAAAAAACCAAAA